AUGUCAAGAAUCUCCGCUGUUUCAUCGCUCUACGUAACCAGCUAUGGACAACGGGGUCAAUGUUCGAACUGUUUUAGAGCCUUUGAGUUCACAGCAAUCGUGAAGGAGCGUCGUCUCUGUAAAAGCUGUGCAGAAAAUUUUCAUGGUCGCCAGAACAAUUGGCAUGAAAUCAAGCAGCGAACCGAUGCUACCUUCAAGUGUGCUGCCACUCCACAAAGACCAUCAGAAGUUGAAGGCUGUGGUGCAGAGAAUCUCACGUACCGCGAGUAUAUGACAGGAAGCUGCUGCGAUAAUGCGGCGCGACGACUUCAAGCUGAUUUCGAAAAUCUGAUGUCCGAAGACGAUCGAUACCAGAUUUUCAAAAUCCUCGAAAAAUACUACGACGAUGACAAGGAAGAUCUCGACGACUCGAUUCAUAACCUGAAUGCCGCGAAAGAAGAGUCUCGAAAGGCUAAAGAAGAGAAAGACAAAGUUUGCCGAAAAAUCAACAACAAGGAAAAAAUAAAGGAGCGAAUACUGGCCAGACUUGAUGGAAUUGAAAAGGAACUUGAAAAUGACAAGAAAGAUCUUGAAAGCAAGGAAAAUCUCUUCAACGCGGCCAAAAUGAAUGAAGAGUUCAAUGAUAACCUCACGAAGGAGAAGCGGAAUUCACUCAAACGGCUCGCGAAACCUCUCAAUUUCCUUUCUGCAAAAGUCUUCAAGUUCGACCAAGAUGACAAUGACACUAAAGGAGAAGCGUCCAAAGCCGCUGAUGUCAAAACAGAAUAUUUCGAAGCUUAG